AUGCAUCGGUACAUCUCUAGUGUUAGAUAUACUAAACCCCCACCACCCACAGCUCCCCUUAAAUGUGACAACGCCCUCUUCAGCCCCAAAAAUUCAAACAGGGCGCGGACGUGCCUCACAAAACUCGGCAGCAUUGCUCACUCCAGCACGACACACCACCACUACCACCACCACCACUUCUAUUUCCCUGACACGCCCCCGUCACACAUCCAAUACAAGAGUAAUCAAUACCUGCCAAAAACACCAGUAACACCAGUGACAGCGAUACAAGGCCCUAGAUACCACCGCACCAUCACACCACCACACCACCACACCGCUACACCAUCACGCCAACAGACCACACCAGUAUACACAGUCACACCACCACACCACCACACUAUCACGCUAACAGAUCACACCACCACACCAACAGAUCACACCAGUACACAGCCACACCACCACACCAACAGACCGCCAUACCACCACACCAUCACACCAUCACGCCAACAGAUCACACCAGUACACCGCCACACCACCACACCAUCACGCCAAGAAAUCACACCAGUACACAGCCACACCACCACACCACCACACCAACAGACAACACCAAAAUACCACCACAUCACGACGCUGCCACAUCACCACCACUACACAGCAACGCCACAUCACCACUACAUCCUCACAUCACAUACACCAGCACACUGUCACACCACAACACCGCCACAUCACAUUACCACACCAGAACACCACAACACUGCCAAUCACCACUACAUUCCCACACUACACCACCACCACAUCACCCCUACAUCCCUACACCACACCGGCACACCACCACCCCACAGCGGAGUGCGAAGCGUCACCCCUCUGACCUAA